GCCCAGUAAGAGAGAUCUGAACACUUUGUUCAUUGCACUUCUCACUUAAACUUACCAGUUCUAAGCAAUCAGAUUCGUCGUCACACAACAUACUUAUUUCCUCAAGUUAAUUACACACACAAGUGAUACCGUGAAUCAUGUCUGUACAAUGGGAGGUAACACUUUUGAGUAUAAAUACAAGUGAGGCAGGAACUUCUCUAUUUGCGAACGGUCAGAUGCAGGUAGCUGCAAAUGUCUUGAUCAAGGCAAUAAAUCCAAUUAACUACGAUCCAUACCUCUUGACGGCGGCAGAGCUAGCGAAAAUUGAGUUAGUUGACUAUUACAACACUGACGAGAAGCUCGUUGGCCCAUGGAAGUUUACAUCUGUUGAGAAUGAAUUUUCACACACAAUGCCUCAAGGUACAGGAUUUGCCGCCGAUGCAGGAGAUCCUCCUACGCAGCCAUUUAUGGUGGACCAAAAUAAACGAUAUUGGGUCAGCACAACAAAAGCUGAGGUCAAGAGAGUUGGAGCACGUAUUACCCAGCCAAACAGCAAAGUGAUCACAACCCGCAGUGCAGAAAACGACUCUUACAUUGAUUUUCGGGGCUACCAGGAAAUUCGGUAUUCUUUAUCCAAUUCCGAAUGGUGGAGAGAAGAUACCGCCAGCGGCAGCGGCUGGGACCAGGACAACUAUUUCCUCAGAAGCAAGGUUCACCCGUUUAUCAGAGCCGACCGCUAUGGAUACAGAGAUGAAAAUUUUGCAGUUGUGGGAAUGCGCAACAGCGUAGCAUAUCAUCGCGCAGGCCCACACCUACACUAUAUGUGGCCUAUGGGGCCAAGGAAGACGGUGAACGCUGGAUUGACGCACUACGUCGAUGGAACGCCGCACCCAAAGGCUUGGUCAAGAGAUAUUGUUAUUAGAGAGAAUGCAAAUUCUCUAUGUCUUACUCGCUUGAAGACGUCGGGUCCAUUGGGUAUUUGGGACCUUGGUUGGUGGUUUGAUCCUCCUUCGGUCAUAAUGUACGACCAGUAUGGUAAUUCAGGGAUGUUUGAUCUUGCUGUUAAUGAGUACAACACAAUAUCUAUUCACAACCGCGGCACGAAGUCCAAGCCCCAUUACGAUACUCCCCAUUCUGAAGACGACUCCAGAAGCAAAGAUUGAUGAGAGCGAUUUGUCAGUCCUCGAACGAUCAGCUGACUAACUUCUUUUGAGACUUCCGAGGAAAAUGAUGAAGUUAUUUCUUUGGGUACUCUGACAGAUCUUGGUACUGUCUGGCUUGUUAUGAUCUUAGUGUAGCAACUUGCUUACUCACGUUCAUUCAAUUUAACGAUAUAAUGUCUAUUUUUUCACCUGUCUGGGGUUUAAAAUUUGGACGCUGCUGCUUCUCAGGGUUGAACGCCUAACUCCAUUCUCUAUUCAAAGUAUGGCUACACCUCAAAUACUCAGGUAGCAUUCAACGAACCAAUCAUUGCUCAUCA